UUCCAAUGAUGAGCAGCAUUCCGUGUGCACUCACAGGAGACGUGGUGAACAUGAAGCUGUGGGCCGCGUCGCUCUUUGCUGUCGUCGCUCUCACCUCAGCGGCAGACGAGUCGUGCAUGGGUCGCUGUGAGAAUGGCUUCGACUCGGAGAAGAGAUGUCAGUGUGACACCAUGUGCAAGUACUACCACAGCUGCUGCUCCGACUACCAGGACGUUUGUGGCACGAUGAACCGAGGAGACACGUUCGAGUCAGCGGAAGACGACGACGAUGAUCUUGAGAGCACCACGCCGCCCUCGAAGCGUCCGGUACAUGAGCAGGAGACCCCGGGGGACAUCUCAGAUUUUGUCCGCAGACCGCAGCAAGGUCCAGACGCCGUGUUAGAAAUGGACAAAGCUCCACUCAGACCUCUCAGAGCGACCGUUGCUCCAACAUUGAAGCCUCCUAGCAGCACCAGAGCUGAGACCACCACACCUCCAACAAGACCUGCCACCACUGUGGCCCCGGACCCCGAUGCUGAGGCGUGCAGCGGCCGACCCUUUGACUCAUUCGUGCAGUCAAAGAACGGCUCCAUGUACGCCUUCAGAGGCCAGUUCUUCUUCGAGCUGGACCAGAGGACCGUCCUACCGGGCUAUCCCAAGCUCGUCAAGGACGUGUGGGGAAUCAGCGGGCCCAUCGACGCCGCCUUCACGCGGGUCAACUGCCAGGGCAAGACGUACGUCUUCAAGGGUGACAAGUACUGGAGGUUCGACAACGGCGUGUUGGAUGACGACUACCCUCGGGAUAUCAGCGUGGGCUUUGAGAAGAUUCCGGAUAAUGUGGACGCGGCGUUCGCUCUCCCCGCUCACAGCCACAACGGCAGAGAGAAGGUGUAUUUCUUCAAAGGGGAUCGAUAUUACGUCUACGAGUUUUUGCACCAGCCGUCCCACAGGGAGUGUGUCUCCAUGUCCGAGACGUCUCCCUCCGCACUCUUCCGGCGCUACAACAACGUGUACUCCAGCAACUACCACGGCUACUUCCGUAGUCUCUUCCCUGACCAGCCGCAGCAUCACACCGAUUACCACUUCAUCGACAAAGACUGGGUGGGGCUCAGGUCGCCGGUGGACGCCGCCAUGGCUGGACGGAUGUACGUCCCUCCACGACGCGUCCGGCCGGACCAACAGUGGGGUCAACAGUACGGACAACAGUACGGACAACAGUACGGACAACAGUAUGGACAACAGUACGGACAACAGUGGGGGCGAAGGAGGCAGAACCGUUCGCCCGUCUGGGAAUCCAUGGCCGAGGGCGGCAUGAACAUGGGCCGGCAGUUUGCAGAAAGGGGGAUGGAGAUGGGUCUGAGACUGGCCGAGAGGAGGAUGGAGAUGGAGGAGAGGCUCGGAAGAGACCGGAGCCGACAAUGGGAUCAGGACUGGGACCAGGACAGGCGGGGAGACAACAACCGAGGCAACUACGACUCCAGAUACAGAAACGACAGGACCUACUGGGACUUGUUGCCAAGGAGUCUACCUGUCCAGAGCGUCUACUUCUUUAGAGGAGAUAAAUACUACAGAGUGGACCUGAGCACCAAGAGAGUGGACCCGGCCGUGCCUCCCUAUCCAAGAUCCAUCGCCAAGCACUGGCUGGGCUGCUCAGACCCAGCUGGAGCAGAGAAGAAGUAGAAGGCAUUUCGAGGUACAUCAGCAGUAAAUCAUGGUGCUCAUGUGCUCAAUGUGACACACAAAUGGCUGCUGGAGCAAACAUUGACGAUCAUCAGAGGUGCAAAGUCCAACUGAGCGUCUUCAUUUAUUCAUUACAGUCGUGUUAAAGAUGUUUCUGUGGCGUAGACAAUAAUCAUACACAUUCAUCAUUUACAUACUUAUGUUCAUUUAUACCAGUUCUUACAUUUAAUUGCAAUUAUUCAGUUAU